UCACCAUGUCCGUUAGAGCUUCGAAAGCUUCGGAAUCAACAUCAAAGUACCCUCAGUUCCCAUAUUGAGGUUGAACGUCGCACUCCCUAUCCCCCACGCGCUACAGGCACGCUCCGCAGAGCUGCCUGGCGUUGCAAUGGUUCUAGACAAUGCAUCCGCCUCGGAUUCCUCAGACUCCUUUGCAGACAGCGUCCCGUCCUCCGACGCCGAUCCAUAUUCGGACUCACAGCCUGGUGGUAGCGUAGACUACCACAUAAACACGAGCAAACUCCCAAAGCCGAUACCCAUCAUUGGAAGGCUACUCGGCUACAACGAUGAAUUCCUACUCAACUUCGUCGGUGCGAGAAUCGUGGUCAUAUCAAAAAUACUCGGGAGACAUCCCUCACAAGAGGAGGCUAAUGCGGUGGCUUAUUAUACCGCAAAGAACAUUGCCAUAUACUCAUACGGGGGGCCUGUUGGUGCUGCAGCAGGAAUGUGGAGAGCUUAUGACACUCGAAGCACAUUUCGAUUUCCUUUCUAUCAACCAAAUCUCGAGACGUUCCAACCGGAUAAGUUUCCCCAAGGACUAGGAUGGGUUAAAGGGUUCAAUGCAAUGACGUGUUGGCACGCGGCGAGGACGUCGUCCUAUGUGGUUUUUGGAUUGAUCUUUUCACGGUUUCUAUUUACCAGCUAUGGUGCGACUACAUCGGCGAUCGGAGAAGUUUCAGACCCGAGAUUGAAGGCAGUGACUGCUGCUAUCCAAGCAGAGGCUCAGAAGAGGAAGGGCUCUCUUCCGGGAAUGCAAGGCACACCUGCACCACAAGAAAGACAGCUUCCCAAUGGUGGACGACCAGCUGAUACUCAUUAUGAUCGAGGGGAAGGCCCUUCACAGGAUGAUGCGAGUCCUACCGGUGGUAUCUUUGGUGAAGAGAAUACAGCAGGAACCCCCGGGACUUUUGGAGGGAGUAAAGGCCGGCCUACACAGGACGGAGGAAGAUGGCCUGGCAGAGUGGCACCACUACCGGCUCAAAAGAAUACCCAGGAAGCUGAAAGUCAGCCUUUCGAUGCUUGGGAUGAUGCAUCUCCUACCGGAGGACAAGGAAUGGCGGAAAGCACAGUUCAAACAUCUCAAGGUUCCGCUUGGGAUAGAGUGAGAAGGGGCGAGAAACCAGCUCCAAGCCCGUCAAAGUCGGGUGGAAAGCCCCAACCAAAGCAAAGUCCAUGGUCGAGACAACAGCAUGAGACUCAAAAGGAGCAAAGAGAAGGUGCGACUACGGGGGACAGUUUUGCCUUCUCCAAGACUGAGGAAGAGCGGACAUAUGCCAAGGAGGAAGCUCAGAAGGAGUUCGAUGCUCGGGUGGAGCGCGAGCGGAGGGGAGGUGAUUUUAGUAAAGGCGGCGGUGACCAGAAGAGAUGGUGAAGUGUAUGAUUAUGCAAGUAUGGAUUUAUGAGUGAGCAUUUGGUUAGGUGUCCGGGGCAAUCAUCAAUGAACUACAAAUGGACAUUUUCCCUCCGAGCUUUUUUCUCUACAUGUGUAAAUUGGGCACGUAAAGAUAUCUUCUAUAAUCCAUGAUAUUUCCCCG